GCAUGUAGAAAAGAAAAAUCUCAAACCAGAGAAGAAAAAAUUUCUUUACCCAAUAAGAAAAUAAAUUUUGACAUAUGUCAAGCUACGAAUUUGUUUACUAAAACUUUGGUCUUACUUCUCGGUUUCAUUUUUUCUAGUUAAUUUUGGUUGAUAAAUAAAAACGGAGUGUCAAAACAAUACCUACUUUAAUAAAUUUACAAACUUUUGAGUAACGACGAAAGUAAUAAAAUUGGUGAAGAUAAAUCGAAGGACAAUAACUACAAUGACAGGAAGAGGAACAAAACGGCGUGGUCGUCCGCCAAAAACACAACACAUGGAUCGUCAAAGUGUAAAAUGCAGCUAUAACUCGUUGAGGAAACCAAAAUAUGUAACAGAUUCCCAGUUCAGUACCCCAUCCGCAUCUCGUGCAUCUUCUCCGCAAGGUAGCGAUAGCAGUCGCAGAGGAAGACCAUCAACAUCACGCAAAGUGUCGACGAGAGGUCGAGGAAGAAAACGAGGCAAUGGACAUCAUAGCACCAGAAAAAAUUACGAAAAUGAAUAUCAUUAUGGAUCGGAUUUUGGUGACUCUUCCGACGAUAAUGAGCCAGACGAAGAUUUACUUCUAUCAGCGAGCGAUUCAGAUAGCUUGGAUGCUGAUAAUGACAACAAUGAUAGUGACUUUUCUUUGAGCAGUUUCAGUAAUGAGAGUAAUUUAAAUAAGAAAAAUAAUCGUGUGCCCAGUCCCGACCCAUUAUGGUUACAGCCGAUAGAACUACCACCAUUGAUUCUGCCAGAUUCUUCGGACGAUUUAUCAAUUCCAAAACAAUAUGCACUAAAAGUUGCCUCAAUAUAUGAAGUGUUUCGUCGUUUUAAGCAGUUAAUUCGAUUAACACCAUUCCGGCUAGAAGAUUUUUGUGCAGCUCUUAUGUCGGAUGAGCAGAGUUCACUUUUAGCUGAAAUUCAUAUGAUGCUUUUGCGGGCAUUAUUACGUGAAGAGGAUGCCCAAGGAACACAGUUUGGACCACAAGAUCAUAAAGACAGUAUAAAUAUAUCCUUGUAUUUAAUCGAUCAAUUCACUUGGCCAGAAAUAUUAAGAAGUUAUUUAGAAAGUCACGAAAGUUUUGAUAAAAAUUCACUAAACAUACUAACUACAAAAGAUUAUCCAUUUGUGAGUGUCGAAGAUCGGUUGACCGUUUUGCAAUUUUUGACUGAUCAGUUUUUAAUAACUGAUAUCGUUCGUGGAGAUUUGGUACGUGAAGUUCCAAUUAUAUAUGAUGAUCAUUGUCGAAUUUGCCACAAACUAGGGGAUUUAGUAUGCUGUGAAACGUGUCCUGCAGUGUUCCAUUUGGAAUGUGUUGAUCCACCUUUAGAAAAUGUGCCAGCUGGUGACUAUCAGUGUAGUCUAUGCAAAUUACAAAAAGUUCCGGGUGUCUAUGAUUGUGUUUCAAGUUUGGAGAAGCAAGGUUUUUUGUGUAGGCACGAGCAUUUGGGUUUUGAUAGACAUGGACGAAAAUACUGGUUUAUUAACAGACGAAUAUUUAUUGAAGAUGAAGAAAAUGGAGAAAUUUGGUAUUACAGUUCAAUUGUGCAAUUAAAAUUGUUGCUUACAAGACUAGACGAAGAAAAAAUGGAACGUGCUCUAUGGUCUGAAAUUGAAGAUUACCGCGAAGAAAUCGAACGUCAAAUGGCUAUUACAGAAACCCUUACAAACAAAUUUAAAGGUCAUAAAAAAUCUUAUUUGGAAAUUGAAAAUCAAAAUAUAAUAAAAAAGCAAAAGGAAAAAAUUGAAAAAACUCUGGACAGUGACACAGAAAAUAAAAGGGAGGAUCAAUAUGAACGAAAGUCUACUGAAAGAGAAAUUAUUGUUGCUGAUAAAUCCAAAGACAAUGAUUCAGACACAAAUGAGUCACCUCGUAAUUCCUCUCAAAACGUUGUUUACACACGUUUGAAAACAGGAUCUUUGACACCCAGAAACUAUAGUACAGACGAUUUGAAGAGGAAAAAUAUGAGCAAAGAUGAAAAUGAAUACGACACGCGAAUGACACGAUUAAAAAAUGUAAAUCUGAAUUGCCCAUUCAAACUGGGGAAUGAGCAAACGUUCAAAUCAUACGUUAACCAAUAUACGACAAAUGUUUAUGCUUUGAAUAAGCCUCAACGGAAUGAAGAUCGUGAUAAAAAACGACCUUUAUCGCAUAAAUUUUCACUGACGCAAAACUCUGAAUUUAAAUGGAAUGGUAUUUUGAAUGGAAACCGGAAUAAUGCCAUUCAGACACUACGUCAAACAAUCAUAUCACUUGAACAAGCUAUCUCUACUCCUUAUAUGCAUUCAAAUUGGUCAUCUCUUAAAAAGUUAUGGCUUCAAGCUAUUUCACAUUGUAAUAAACCCUCGGAUUUUGCAAAAGUAUUGAUAAUCUUUCAAAUCUGUACAAAAAAUUGUAUUUACGUUAAUGCUUGGAAUGAACAAUUGGCUCAUAUCAAAUUAGAACGUGUUACAUCAGCAGAACGAGAUGAAAAGAAGAAAAUCGAAAAACGCGAGAAAAGGGAACGUGAUGAUGAAGAAGAACGUAAUCGUCUUGCUAUUAAUUUUGUGAAGUAUUCAUUAGGCCAGAGACAUCAAGUUGCAAAACAAAAAGGCGAAGAAUAUCGAAUCCAUGGCCAAUGGAGUUGGAUUUGGGCAUCAUAUGGAAGACGUCAGAUCAAAAAUCAAACAGUUACAAAUCAUCGAAUUGAACCAAUUCAAAUAGUUACGCAAAUUUUACACAAUGAAUCGAAGAAAAUUGUUACUCUGGAGCCGGCUACAUAUGACUACUUAAAACUUAAAGAUUACAAAGAAAAGUAUACUUCAAACAUACCAACAGAGUUACACAAAACAUCUGUUAUAUCCAUCAUCAAUUCUUUUGAUGAUAUAAAUAUAUCUGGGGCAUUAGCAGCGGAAAAUCGUUUACUUUAUCCAAAAAUAGCGAAAAAAUCCAUUUUGGACGAUUUAUUGAAACGUCGAUUACAGCUCAAAAAUGAAGAAGAACAACGAAUUGGAAGUGGUAAUACCACAAAUGUUACCAGCAAACCUAGAGGACGAAAACCAACGGAAAUUGAAAAAAUAUUACGCCGAAUGUGUGGAAUUAAAGGCAAUAUUUCAUCAGGCAAUCCAGUGAAUUCGAUACAACAACAAACAGUUGAUAUAGACUUUGUAAAUGAUAUAGCAGAUUCAAUAAUAAGCGCUCGAGAUAAAUUUGCCCAACUGAAUCGUCUUGGAAAACAGUAUAAAUGUUAUUUGACGUGUGAGUCCAAUGAUGUUUGCUACUCUUUGCAACAAAUGAAAAAGAAUGUAUGCUACUCGCCAUUGUGUUUGCAGAAGACUCGUGUAAAAGAAGAGCUUUUAAUAGCACUUAAAAAAUCAGCUUCACAUGGCGAUGUUGUAAAAGAAAAAAUAAUGAGAAUUGUCAACAGAAAACCAGAAAAUAAAGUAAAUUCAGUCCAGAAAAACGUCGAUGAAUCAUCUGGAGUUAUAAAUCCAGGUAAACUUCAUCGAAAUUUUCUACAUGCAUUGGAAAAAAGCUUAACUAGCAAUAUUGAAAGAGAUGUCAACGAAUAUAUCAAAUGCUCAAGUUGCAAACAAGAAACAACAAUACAAGUGGAAAGUUGCAAAAUGGAAAUUGAUGAUGAUGAACGCGCUGAUAUUGACAAUGAAGAUAAUGUUGAACUUUUGAAAAAAAUCGAAACACCCAUCAAAAUGGACUUAGAAGAAAUUCAAAAUUCCGAAUUGAGCAGUAGUGAGCAAGUGAAUUACAAAAGUGAACAAAUGGAACAUACUAAUGUGAAAAAUGGAUUUGGAAUUAUUGAUAAAAAUUUGCGCGAAAGACGUUCAGCAAGGAGAACAAUCAAAAACCAAAUACCUUCGAAUAAAAAUUUUGUGAAAAGUUCAAUUGUUUUUAAUGAGCAACAAAGUCAUUUGCCGAAGACCAGAUUGAACGUAACAUCGUUUAUUGGAACUGAACCACCACAAGAAUACAACAGUGAGGCAAAACCUUUAAUUCGAUCAAACCGUCGUUUUCCUGGAUUAUUGAGAACAUCUAAGCGGGAAAUCAAAUUUGAGAAAGAAUAUGCCUCAGAUGGAAGCGAGCGUAUAUUCUCACAUUCUCUAACAAGUGACAAAAUAUAUUUAGCCAAAGUUUCUAGUCACGAUCACGAUCCAUCAAAACCAGUUAAGACAGAGCCAUCGUUGCUACCUCUAAAGUAUCCUCCUAUGAAUAGUUUUCUCACAAAAAAAGGUUUUCGGUCCCUCCUUGUAUUACAUAGCUAUGAAACGAAGAAAUUAGCACGCUUAGGAGGAAAAAUGAUUGUAAAUGGUUUUAAUCCCAUGAGUAAAUCAAAUCCUUCUGUAUGGCCAUAUCCAUGCUCACGACCAUUUUUCAAGACGUGUUGGUUAUUUCGGACAUUAAAUGCUCGUACGUUGCCUACUGUAGCACUACAAAUGAAGAUAAUUUGGUGUUGCUUACGAUGGGAUGAUAUGUUGGCGAAGCCACCAACAAAUAAUGGAAAAAUUGUUACAAAUACUGAAACAGGUAUCGUGUCUACGGAAAUAUUAAAACAUCGUGUUCGGGGGAGGUUUUCAGAAAAAAACGAUUACCUUAGAUUGACCUUGCUAAUUCCCUAUGGAUACGCGGACCCUCAACCUAACAAAGAUACUUCAGAGAAUACACCAAGUCGUUCUGGACUUCGUAAGCGAAAACGUCCUGAAACUCCGCAAAAAACAGAGAAACAAGUUUCAGAAGAAUGGGUUGACGAAGACCAGCUUCAACUUUGGGAAAUAAAAUUGUUUGGAGAAAGAUUGGAGAAGGCAUUGCUUCAGCCAGUUACAAGAACUUCAACUGGAAAAUUACCUCCCAAUCGCUGUAAUAUCGAAACUAAUCGACCCAACACAAUAAUUAAAGCAGCAUCCUCCCAAUCAGCAACACAAAAUACGAAACAAAUUGGUGUGAACAAAAAAACCAGUGCUGAAGAAAUCAAAGAAAAAAUGGAACAAGAGCUUCGAAUUCAGCGUGCUGAACACCAUAAGAAGCGAACUCUCGAGAUGAUGCAACAGAAAAAAGAUUCAAAGGCUCCAGUUAUUGCGCAACGUCGUAUAAUUGUACAGAAUCCAGAUGGAACAACAAAAGUUAUUGUACAAAAUGUCUUACAAUCCUCACAGCAACAGACUCGGUCACCUUUGCCUAGCCAACGUCAAAAGCUUGGUAUAAUUCGUGGCCCAGAUGGAAAAAUUACAAGUGUUACCGGACUACAACCUGGACAGAAAUUGAUAGAAUCGCCAUCUGGGUUGCGUAUUGUUACAACAUCUGCACCAAAUCGAACAGAUCGAAAAGUCGUGAAAACAGAGCCGUCGAAAAUGGUUCCAAAAGUUUCUAGUUCACAAGACAGUGAGAGUACAUCACAAAAAACACCGAUUAUUGUACACCAACAAAUUACAGGAAAUUCGCCAAAUGUUAUGGUAAAAUCUAAGCCAGCAAGUACAUCAUCAGCCCGAUCGGUUGUGCUUAACAAUGGUCAAGUUCUUGUUGUGAAAAAUGACAUUGCAAACGCCCCAAAUCAAAAUGAUGCGGUUCAAAAAAUUAUAACUUCAAAACGACAAUUAAUUACUAAUACCUCACAAAAAUUAGUGCGGACAUCAAACUUGCAACAAUUGUUAAACGAAGGAACGCAAAAAUUUGUAAUAAAUCAUACAAAUUCACCAAACAAAAUCAUUAUUACUCCUGGAGCAAACAACCAAGUAACAACCAAUCAAGAAUCUAAAUCCGUAAUAUCACAACCAACGAUCGUCCAUAAUUCAACAACAUCCCAAGUAAUUCAAACAUCUUCACAAAAGACUAUUCAACACCAACAAUAUGUAAAUCCAACUAAUCAACAACAGCAAAUCAUUUUCCAUGGUCAGCGAUUCGUAUUAAAUCCAGGACAAAGAAUACAAGUAACGCAACAGCCUACACAAGUUGUACAACAAAUUGUGCAACAACCAGUUGUCCAGCAGAUAUCACAAACACAGCCUCAACAAAUUAUAAUUCAACGUUCACCCCAAGCCAUCAACCAAGUACAGCUAGUUCCGUCUCCAAAUUCUAUAUUAAAUAACCAGCCACAAAUUAUGGUUGGGAAUUCAUUAAGUCAAAUGUUGGCACAAGGAAAAGUUCAAGUUGCAACCGUUGCUGGUGGCCAGCAAGUAAUAAUAAGACCAAUUGGAAAUAAUCAAUGGCAAAUAGUUGCGCACCUAAAAUCACAACAGGAUGGAACACUGCAAAUAGUUCAACAGAUCUCUCAAUCAGAGCAAUCUCAAAUACAGGCACCACAACCGAAAUUUGUACAAGCCAAGCAAGUUCAGCCGACCUUACAGCAACAGAAAAUAGUAAUUCAGCCGCAGUCUUCUACUCAACAACAAACUCAACCUAAUUCAACAUCAUCAUUAGAAAAAACACUUUUGCAAGGUCAACCACCAGGCACGAUAAUAAAGUGUGUUACAGCCGAAGUGACAAAAAACCAGAAUGGUCCAUGUAUCAAACUAACUGGAAUACAAGGUAGUGAAUUAACUGAACAUCAAAUGAGUUUGGUCCAUCAACAAGUAAAACAGCAAUUAGUAAAAAAAGCUCAAGAACAAAAUGGUAGUCAAGCCUUGGGUCCAACAAAAAUUUAUUUGGCCGUACAGCCAGCUCAGACUCAGGCAUCGCCAAUGGCACAAGAUCAACCAAUGGAAGUUCCAACAAUUUCUGCUUUUAGACCAGAUGAAAAAGAAUUUAUUAAUGGAGGAGACCCCAAUAACGAUCAAUCUGUGAAAAUAUCACGAAUAGAAAUCGUUGAAAAUAAAUUAAAUACACACACAACUCAACAGCAACAAAGGUCUAGUGAACAAAAAAUUGAAUACAAUGUCCAAAAUCAACAAAUACAACCUACUUCAGAAACAUUAAAAAUCAAUCCGAAGAAAUACGAGAAGGAAAAUAAUGAAUGUUCAGAAUCAACAAUAGUAACUGCUGACUAUAUACAACAAACUAUUCAAAAUGCCCUACGACAAGGAAAUAUAAAUCCCGAAAUAGAAGAGAAACUUUUGAAUUUACAACGAUGUCAUGAAAAGCAAAUGAAAGGCACGCAACGUACUACGUCGAUUGCAUUAGCGAAUAACCAUCACGAAUACACAUCACAGGAGAAUCCAACAUCAAAUCGCAAAUAUCCAUCAAAUCGACAAACAAUCGACGAUGAUGAUUGGAUUAUGGAAACUCCGAAACGAAAACUAGCCCGAGCGAGUUUUUCCGAUAAAAAAUUUGCAAUACAUGCUUCUGUCGUUGAAAAUGAUGUCAAUCGAAUUAUUAGAUCUGUAGCUGAAGAAGAUAUUCAAUAUCCAGAAAUAAGUAAACGCAACAAGGUCGAUAUACAUAGUACAAAUAAGCAAGUCGAAACCCCAGAAAGUGCCGCCGAAACUCUAAAAGAGAACAACAUUGAUAAAACUUUGAUAUGUCGAAUUGAUGAUAAUAAUAGAAAUAUUAAACGUUUGAUCAAAAAGGAUAACGAGAAGAAAAAACAAAUGCAGUUGAAGUUGUAUCGACAAAAGGAGCAGCUGAAAAAAGAUAUUUUAAAGAAGCGCAUCGUGCUUGAAAAAUCAUUACAAAUUGAAAUUCAACAAGAACUCCAAAAUGAAAUCUCUCUCAAUCAAAAUAAACAAUUACUGAAAGAGGACAACGUAUUAGUAAAUUUAAAAGAUAGUAUCAGUCUGUCAAAAAAACGCAUUAGCAUGGCAUCUGCUAAAAAAUUAGCUGCAGAUGAGAGUAAAAAUGAGCGAAAUGAUUUGUUACGUCAAGCUUCAUCGAAAACGAAAAUCAAACGAGGAUCACAAAAGAUUUCAAACUUGUCUAAAAAAAAGAAAAAACUUUACUGUAUCUGUCGUACACCAUACGAUGAUUCCAAAUUUUAUGUUGGCUGUGAUUUGUGCAACAAUUGGUUCCAUGGUGAAUGUGUUCAAAUAACAGAAGAUGAAUCAAAAGAUUUGUCAGAAUUUAUAUGUGGUGAGUGUAAGCAUGCUCGUGAUACUCAGGAGCUAUUCUGCUUGUGCCGGCAACCAUACGACGAGACACAGUUUUAUAUUUGCUGCGAUAAGUGCCAAGACUGGUUUCAUGGCCGAUGCGUUGGCAUACUACAAUGCGAGGCGGAAAAUAUCGAUGAAUAUAUUUGUCCAAAUUGUCAAAAAAAUAAUACAGUCAACUUUGCCAAUAUGAAAGACAUGGGAUCCAAAGAAUACGAUGAGCUUAAAAUACUAAUUAAACAAAUUCAGCACCACAAAUCAGCGUGGCCAUUUAUGGAACCUGUUGACCAAAAUGAAGCUCCAGAUUAUUAUGUGCUUAUUAAAGAUCCAAUGGAUCUUCAAAAAGUAGAAGAAAAAAUUGUUGCGCAAAAAUAUAGAAAAUUAUCGGAAUUCAUUGCUGACAUAACAAAAAUAUUUGACAAUUGUCGCUUCUAUAAUCCAAAGGAAUCACCUUUUUAUCGAUGUGCAGAGAGUCUCGAAGGAUAUUUUGUCCAAAAAAUCAAGCAUUUUCGUGAAUCUUUAGCUGACUCAAGUUCACCUUAAUUACGUUAAUACAAAAACCCCUCUUAUUUCAUUUUCAUUUAAAAUAUUUCCAGAAUUAAAUUAUAUACGGUUUAUAAGUAUUCUUGAAUUAAAAUAAUAAUUAUAUGAAAUAUUUAUAAAAUUGAA